AUGUCCCUCCAUUUCUUGAGGCCGAAGGGUACCGAUCUGAGGAUUCGCUAUUUCCAAAUAUGUGCCAUUCUCAAGCCGACUCGAAUAAACUCAGAUAGCGAACGAAGCUGUCUUGCAAAUUUCACUUCUUGGCGUCAAUUCGCGACAAAUGUACAACUUAUUUCGCUUCACCCUCUUUUGCUCCCCUCCAAACUGGCUACACAUUGCGUGGAACUCGAAUCUGCCGGAUUCGAACUAAGGCUCGAUUUGGAUGACCCUCGGGUGUGGAUUGGAGAUCGCUGGGACUAG